ACUCCUGUCUCAUCCGAUGUCCAUCGACGACCGAGCCAAGGACCAGAUGAAUGCCUCGCCGGAUGCGCGAAGAAUCACUCCCGAUUGGACCAGAAUCGUCCAGCUGACUGCUUUGCGCCUGUGCCAGUGGCCGAUGAAACUUGAGGAACUCUGUCACACCAGCCGGAGUCACACGGCCCAGGGCGCGUGUUGACAAUCAAACCGCGUACAAGACGGAGUACAUGACUUGUAGCACCUGCACAGACCCUAUUGAUACCCCCUCCGCCUCGGCCUGAAUUGCAGGAACGACUCGAGAGCCAUAUGUCCAGUGAGCUGAUAGGUGAGGAUGGCUGCUGAUGAGCACCGGUGGGGAUGUGGUACCGGUAUUGCUCCGGGCUGUGUGUGAGCUCCGCUAGAACAAGUGGGGCUCCAUACAAAUGACAGAUACAAUCCCUGUGCACAUCUACAUGCCGAAGACGUAGUCUCGGUACCAAUAGCCCGGUCUGACAUGCUAGGACAUACUUUUUACCUCUACUACUUCGGCAG